AUGGUCCCAGCGAAAACGGAGACGCUCGACAUGGCCCGAAAGACGAAGCCAGAUGCCCUUAAGGAAGAGAAGAAGACCCCGCUUCAGUUGAUAUCUCAAGGGGCUUGCCUUCCGGGUAUUCCUAGACACCCGACCUUUACGGCCCACCGCCAAUGGUUACUGGAACAAAUGGCACUUGCUUUCCGCGUCUUCGCAAGAAAAGACUAUACGGACGGGAUGGCUGGCCACAUUUCUGUUCGGGACCCUGAAAACCCCCACACGUUUUGGACCAAUCCAUUGGCAGUGCACUUUGCGGUACUAAAGGCGAGCGACAUGAUUCUUGUCAACUACGAGGGCAUGCCCAUCGGUGGAAACAUGAGUCGCCCAGCAAACGCUGCAGGCUUUCUUAUUCACAGUGCGGUGCACAAGGCUCGACCGGAUGUCAACGUGGCAUGUCAUACUCAUAGUCCCCAUGGGAUGGCAUGGAGUGCUUUCGGGCGACCUCUGGAGAUGUUGACCCAGGAUGCUGCUUACCUCUAUGGUGACGCGCAAGCAGUUUACCAAGAUUUCGGAGGUGUUGUGCUUACUGAGGAAGAAGGCAAUCGGAUCGGUGCUGCUCUAGGACCGAAAGGCAAGGGCAUGAUACUGCAAAAUCACGGUCUUCUGACAGUAGGAUCAACAGUGUCAGAGGCAUGCUUCUUGAUGACCCUCAUGGAGCGCGCUUGUCAGUGUCAGCUACUUGCCGAGGCUGCGGCGGCAAAUGGACUUCAGAAAAUUCUUAUCCCUGACGAGAGCGCGAGGUAUACAUUUGAAAACUCGAGUGACCCCGAAACACUUUAUUGGGAGGGGCAGCCGGAUCUAGAGUUUGAGGAAUACAUGAGCAAAGGCGAACAUCGACGUUGA